AUGCUUAAAAAACUAUUCACAAAGCAAUUGGAACAAAAUGGUUUUCCGCGACCAGGUGAACGCGCGGGCAUGGCUAAAAUAAAUUUGAUUAGAGCCAAAAAGAAUUAUGUUUCCCAAUAUGAACGUUUAUGUAGUCGUUGCGGCAAACUUUUCAAUAUAAAUAUGUACGAUGAACAAUGUGUCGACGAAUGCAAUUAUCAUGCGAAGGGUAUCGGUCGGUUUAACAAUUUUACUGAAAGUUUGUAUCGUUGCUGUCAGAAUUCGAUGAACUCACCUGGUUGUUCGUAUGCAAAUUAUCAUGUCACAGAUAAUACGCAGAAUAACAUAUUGAAAGGUUAUGUUACUACUAUGGACAAAGAUCCUAGUUAUGUAUAUAAAAAGAAUGAUAUAUAUGCACUCGAUUGUGAGAUGUGCUACACAACUGAAGGCAUUGAAUUAACACGUAUAACCGUCGUAGAUAUCAAUGGUGAUAUUGCUUAUGAUUCACUAGUUAAACCCGAUAAUAAAAUUAUUGAUUAUAAUACAGUUUAUUCUGGCAUAACAGAGAGCAUGCUAUCUAAUGUCACUUGUAAAUUAAUCAAUGUGCAAGCGGUAUUGCUGUCGAUGAUACAUUCUAAAUCGAUACUUGUGGGUCACAGUUUGGAAAGUGAUUUAAAGGCAUUAAAAAUAAUACAUAGCUCAGUGGUAGAUACAUCGAUUUUAUUUCCGCAUCGAAUGGGACCACCAAAGAAACGUGCACUUAAAACGCUGUGUAUUGAAUUCUUAAAGCUAAUAAUUCAAGAAAGUGAGCAUGGACAUAACAGUGCUGAAGAUGCUGCUGUAUGCAUAAAAUUAUUGAAAUUUUAUCUUCGUAAUCGUAUUGCUUAGUAAAAUCUAAAUUCUAAAUAUUUGCGUUGUAACAAUCAAAUAUUUGUAAAAUAUAACUUGAAUAAGGAAAUUAAAUA